AAAACUUUGAACCACUUUGAUUACUAUAUUAUUUUUUUGGAAUUUAUUCUGGUGACAUUAAUGUUCUAUCCUCCACGCGGUUCUCAUAAACCGACUUGGCUUCUUUAUUUUUCCUUUAUCUUUCUCUAUAUAUUUACACACACACGCAUUUGUGCAGAGAUAUUCAAAGAUUAGAAACAUUCUUGAUAGAUACAAAAAACAUUUUUCAGACACAAAAUCAUAAAAUCUUUGCCUUUAGUAGAUCAAAGUUCUUUACAUUAAUCGUUAGAAGAUGAGCCAGUACGAUCACAACCAGUCUGCAGGAGCUAACCCACCGCCACCGAUGUCUACCUGUACAUCACCACCACCGCCGAUUGGUUACCCGACUAACCAACCGAGUCAUGGUUCGGUAGCUCAGGGUAAAGUGGAAACCAAGUCUAAGGGUGACGGAUUCUUCAAAGGCUGUCUUGCGGCCAUGUGUUGCUGUUGUGCCCUGGACAUUUGCUUCUAAGCCAUUUGGGAAUUGGGAUGGUCUAUUUAUGACGAGUUUAUGUGAAUGUGAUGUGAAUUAUUAUUAUUCUCUCCAGCCUUAUUGUAUAAAUUCUCUAUUUUUUGUUUAUUAUUUUCUUGUAAUACUUUGUGAGACGAACAUAUUAUGGUUUGUAUUUGGAUCUCUACUCUCUAGUACUUAAAUUAAUUUGUCUUGCUCUUGGAUUGGUAUAGUUAAUAGCUUUAAUCUCACAGAAUUGCGCGUUUUUCUAAUGAUUUUCUGCAAUUAUAACAAUAGAUGAAUCUAAUUAUUACAACUCAUA